AUGAUCGAGGUCAUUCUGAAUGAUCGUCUGGGCAAAAAAAUCAGGGUCAAAUGUAAUGAGGACGAUACAAUUGGAGAUCUUAAAAAGCUUGUUGCAGCGCAAACAGGAACACGACCGGAAAAGAUCCGUAUCCAAAAAUGGUACACGGUGUACAAAGACCACAUCACGUUGGCAGAUUAUGAAAUAAGCGAGGCACAACUUUACUAUUCCUAG